AUGCGUUCAGCGGUGGCUGCCUGCAUCUUGGUAGUGUUGUCCAGUGGGUCAAGCUGCCCUAUGCCGCCGACCCGAAGGCUGCUUCUCACCAGCGAUGGGUUGUCAACAAAAGCUCUCAAGGACGAGUUCCGGCGACUCCUCGGAGAUCGGCCCGAGAACAAGAAUGUCUGGUACAUCCCAACUGCGCCUCUGCGGGAUGGGAUGAGUAUGGCUAUGGUGGAGCGCCAGGUCACCAUGCUGAAGAGCGAGUUUGGUCUGCGCCACGUGGAGAUCAUAGAUGUCGAGUAUGUGAAAGGGGAGAAGCUCAGAGAUGCUGUCAAAGCCCUGGGAAGCCUGGAUGUGAUCUGGGCUGAGAUGGGCAACACGUAUGCUUUGCGACACCAUCUGAGAGAUUCAGGUGGCGAUCAGCUGGUCCUCGAUGCCUUGGAUGCGGGUGCCCUGUAUGUGGGCAGCAGCGCGGGGAGCAUUGUGGCUGGCCGCACUGUGCAGAUGGCCUUCUGGAAAGACUGGGACGACAAGACCGCCGAAGGCACCAUCGAUGUCGACUGGAAGGACCCAAAGCAUGCACAAGGGCUAGAUGUGGGCGGUGGCCGAAGCUUCUUCCCGCACGCCAAUGGCCAGUUUGGCAGGUCAUCCUGGCAGGAUGCGCAGGCGAAGAAGCAUGGACACACAGAUCACGAAGUGGUGAAGCUGGCAGAUGGUCAGGGAUUUGUCAUCGAUGGCGACAAGGCCUACCCGGUCGAGUAG